UCGAAAAUCUGGUACAUUUGAUAGAAUCUGGUACAUUUUUUAGACAUAUCUAGUACAUAACAAAAAUAUAUUCUGGCAACACUGCUCCGAGGUGUCUUUGGCGGCUGCGUGUGCUCGUGAUUUUUUGAGGUUAUGUUAGAUUUCAAUUUGCUAAACUUUAACUAGAAGAUACAUUUAUACAUUAAUUUACUUUAAAAAGAGAGAAUAAACUGAACAAACAUGUCAGAUUUAGAAGUAGAGAACGCCGAUAUACCAAACUUCUUAGCAAUGCAUAAAUUUGCUGCAUCCAGAAUAAGAGAAAUUCAAGUAAUGAACAAAGCUCUAUCUACUACCACAGCAGUUAAAUUAGCUUUUCAAAAACUUCCUAGACACAUGCGAAGAAGAGCAAUGUCUCAUAAUGUUAAGAGACUACCAAGACGAUUGCGAGAAAUCCACUUAAACCAACAAUUAAAGUCUGGACUACCUCCAAAACAAAAACGUCCUUCUAGAAAGUACAGACGUAGACCUUACACUUUAACAAGUGAAUUUGUAAGACGACAGAGAAGAGUUACUUGGCUAAACACACAUAUCUGGCAUGCUAAGAGAUUUCACAUGAUUGAAAAAUGGGGUUAUAGAAUUCCACAUUCACCUUGUGAUAGAGCAUUUAGAGCUUGUUAUAGAGCUACAAUUAAACAUUGUUUGGUACAGGAUAUAUCCUUUUGUAACUGUAUAGAAAUUGUUGGAAAAUUUGAUCAUAUUGUUGAUUGUUUUAAAAAAAUUACAGAUUCUAAUACAGGUUUAUCAAUAGCUGCUAAGUCCUUCAUAGGUGGUUUAAGAGAAGGAAAUACAAUUCUUUUUAGACCUGAAAAUAGGAAGGCCAUUGGUAAAGUUGAAUUUCUCUGGAAACCGAACUGUGAUAAUAGCAAAGAAAGAACUCUGUGGCUGUGGUGUCAUGCUGCUUAUUAUAAUGAGUUAUUAGAUGUUUUUACUAAAACUCUUCAUUUUAAACCUUGCAUUAAAGAUGAGAGUGUACUUAUUGAUGAAAGUGUACUUAUUGUUGAUGAGAGCUUACUUAUUGAUGAUGGGAAUGUACAGAAAUAUUCUAACAAUCAAUUGACUUUAAAAGUUUUAAAAUGGGAUCUUAGUAGAUUCAGAUUAACAGGGCCACUUUCUAAUGCAAUUCUUCAAAACAGUUUUAAGUUAGCAGAAAACACAUCUGCAACUCCAGAAUGGGUUCAGAAUUAUUUAAACAAUUCAACUUCUCAGCCUUUUACAUCCCCUCAUGAUUAUUGGGAGAAGCUAAAAUUCGUGUCUUCACCUACAGAGGUGUCCCCUCAUAUUGUUUUACCGUUAAUAAUCACAGAUCCUAGAUACAAUUUCCCCAAAAAAAGAACAAAAGCAUUACCACUAGAAACCAUAAACAAUUGUAACCUUUCAUCGAGGGUAAAUUUUUUUGAAUGUCCCCUUUGGGAUGAAAAUAUCAGGAAAGUUGUGAAAAAAAGCAAAAUAUCUAAUGCUAAACUAGCUGAAUUAAGACAACAAUUACUAGUGCCAGGAAGUGAUUUAGAUGAACCUCCUGUGAAAAUACCGAUUUUGUUGGUACAAAGGCCUGGAAGAAAGCAAAUGGAAUACAGAGGAUAUGGAAGUGGUUGGGAUAUCAUCUUGCCUUCAUCUUGGGCCCAACCAAUUUGGCUAUCUCUCAUAAUAUGGGGUGGCAGAUCAGGUGGUUUAAGAGAAAAUGAUCGAAUGAUUUUUGAAUCUGGUUCACAACAUUACUUAUGCCCUGAUAGUUUAGCUGGAGAACAAGAAGAAAAUGAAGUAUCUUCGAAAAUGAAAGAGCAUUUUUUUAGAUUGCCUCCAAAUAAAAGGACAAAUUUUGCGAAAUUUAAAAUUUCAAGUCCAUUUGAAUGGAAUUGGAGAUUGCUGUUAAAGGAAUGGUCUCAUAGUGGAAAUUUAGAAACAGAUUUUUUCGUUUUGAGGGAUAAAAAGUUGCUAAAAAGUUUACAAGAUACAUUCUGCAAAAAUUCAAAAAACACUCAAUCACUAGAACCCCUGUCAGAAAAUUGCUUGAUACCAAUAAAAGUUACUUUAUUAAAAAGAGGCUGUUGUAAACAAUUUACAAUAAUAUGUUUGCCACAGGAUGGAGAUCUGUCUGUUGAACCAGUAGAGCCCAAUUGUAAUGAUCCUAAUGAAAAAGCAAGAAAAGACAUGAGAAAAGAACAUAAAUUCUUGUUAAGAAGAUUGAAAAGAAAAAGGAAGAGAGGGAAAAAUAAAGGAGAACUCAUACCAAUAGAUAAGGAUAUAUUAAAAAACUAUACAAGCAAAAUGAGAAAGUUGUGGUUACCUGAAUCAACAAAAAUUAGACAUUCAUGUUCCAGAGAAGUGAUGGGCUUUGUCAAACAUGGAGACUUCAGUUUUUUAGCUGCGAAAAGUACAGCCAUAGGAUAUAUUACUUCAAAUUCUCUAAUGAAACUAUUAGCAACAAAAAGAAAUAAAGUAUUGAUAAGAAACACAAAUUCUAAACAGUAUAGGCUAGGAUUUUUGGAAAUUAUUUGCGAGUGAAAUAUGAUUAAGUACAAAUUCAUUUUUUUAUAUAUAUAUUAUCAUAAAUUUAAAUAAAGUUAUCUUUUUCCUUAUAGUAAUAAAUAUAAACCAAUAAAUACGGAUAUUCCUAAUGAGCGGUGAAAACCUUCAAGUUAAUUAGCAGUAUAAUUAACCUAAUAAAAACUAUUUACAAACUUAAAGUUUCGUGGAAAUAUAAUUAAAAAUAAAUCAAUAAUACCCAUGGUAUUUCCAAUCAGCGCAGUGUGACUACCUGUGUACAACAAUCCCAAAAGCAAGUAUUUCGUUUUCAUUCGUAAGUAAUACCAAUAUUCGUAAAACAUGUCAAAUCAUUCGCUAUGCAAGUUGAGACAGUCAUAUAACAGAGGUUAAACAAGAUACAACCUGUCUUAAGUGGCACUAUGUAAGAGGGGUUGCGACAGAUACGAGAUUUUCAUGUCUUUUGGAAUCGUGCACGAAGGUGUAGAAGUAAUACCACUAGUUUCUUUUGUUGUGAAACUUAAGAGUUUUAUGUACCUAUAAGUGUAAAUUUAGCGGGUAUUGAUUUGCAAAAAUCUAAAGCAUGG